AUGGGUAACACGAAUCGGCAGUGCAGCAUUGAGAUUGAAAACACCUCUGAAUUCAUCUUGACCACGGAAUGCUAUCAUUGCAUCAGUGGAUCCUGUGAUACCCCUUUGCCUCCGAGACUCUCUCCAUCCGAAAGUGGCAGGGGGCGCUUCAUCAAAACUCCCUACGCAGCCUGCGGGGCUGUGGGCGUCUUCACCUAUGACAUCCAGGAACCCGAAACUCAGCUGAACUCAGGAAAAAUAGCUGUGAUGUUCUCUAAUCCGUAUGACUUUGUCGAAUACUCUAACUGGUACGGAGUGGGAGUGUUCUGUACGGAAACGCUCUGUGACUCAGAGCUGUUUAAGAAGAUGUAUUACGGGGUGGAGGAGGAAUUUGCCAGGGGCAAAGCCUCUGAGCCCAGUCUGACUUACAAAGGCUCUUCAGUAACCAUUGAAGCCAGUAUGUCAGACAGCAAUGAUACUGUCAUCAAGGUCCAGGUCAACAAUGCUAAGGGUUGA